UCGAUCAGGCACUCGGCGUCGGAGAUCGACUGCUUCUCGUGACGUCAAAUCCAGGAAAACAAAUCAAAUCGGAAUCACAGCUCCACAGAGGCGGCAGUCAGAGGCAGAGAUGUUCCGUAAUCAGUACGACAAUGAUGUCACGGUAUGGAGCCCGCAGGGCCGUAUUCAUCAGAUUGAGUAUGCAAUGGAGGCAGUGAAGCAAGGGUCUGCAACUGUCGGACUCAAAUCCAGGACCCACGCGGUCCUAGUUGCUCUCAAGAGAGCCCAGUCUGAACUGGCUGCCCACCAGAAGAAGAUUCUCCAUGUGGACAACCAUGUCGGUAUCUCCAUUGCUGGACUGACUGCUGAUGCUAGGUUGCUUUGUAACUUCAUGCGUCAGGAGUGCUUGGACUCAAGAUUCGUCUUCGACAGGCCCCUCCCUACAUCACGGCUCGUCACUCUCAUAGGCAGCAAAACCCAGAUUCCAACACAAAGGUAUGGAAGGAGGCCAUACGGCGUUGGACUCCUCAUUGCCGGCUAUGAUGACAUGGGACCUCACAUCUUCCAGACCUGUCCAUCAGCCAACUACUUUGACUGCAAAGCAAUGUCCAUCGGAGCGCGCUCUCAGUCUGCACGCACCUACCUGGAGAGGUCCAUGGACAAGUUCAUGGACUGUAACCUGAACGAGCUGGUCCAGCACGGCCUGCGUGCUCUCAGAGAAACUCUCCCCACGGAGCAGGACCUCACCACCAAGAAUGUUUCCAUUGGCAUUGUGGGGAAGGACAUGGAGUUCACCAUUUAUGACGACGAUGACGUCGCAUCCUUCCUGGAGGGACUGGAGGAGAGACCACAGAGAAAGGUCGCCCAGCCUGCAGAUGAACCCGCUGCCGGAGGUGCACCUGAUGAGCCAAUGGAGCACUGAGGCCGCACCCUCACUCAACCAAUGAUUUAUUUCCUCUCUCAGUGGUGGGCAGGCGCAAGCCAAGUCCAACCGACAGUCGCUGAAAUGCCACAGUAUAGUUCUUCUGGAGUGAAGAUGCUGGUGUGACGUGCCACUUGCUAAACUGUUAUCCGAUACUCACUUCUCUAACAUCGUGUGAUGUUGUUUUUGUAUGGGUAGAAUGAACCAUUCUACAAGUAAUAAACUCUUUUCUGAUUUA